CAAUUCGUCGCUUAGACCUAAGCUGCUGCACACAAAGAUUGAAAUUAUUUCGCCCCUCCAACCACUCUCUUACCAGUACCAUCUCUCCAACGGUUCACACACAAGCCAGCAAACAUGGCGGUUGGAAAGAACAAGAGACUCUCCAAGGGCAAGAAGGGCCUCAAGAAGAAGACAGUCGACCCCUUCUCCCGAAAGGACUGGUACUCAAUCAAGGCCCCUAACCCCUUCAACGUUCGAGAUGUCGGCAAGACCCUCGUGAACCGAACCACCGGUCUCAAGAACGCCAACGACGCUCUCAAGGGCCGUAUCCUCGAGGUCUCUCUCGCCGAUCUCCAGAAGGAUGAGGACCACUCUUUCCGCAAGGUCCGCCUCCGUGUCGAUGAGGUCCAGGGCAAGAACUGCUUGACUGCUUUCCACGGCCUCGACUUCACCUCCGACAAGCUCCGAUCGCUGGUGCGAAAGUGGCAGACCCUCAUUGAGGCCAACGUCACUGUCAAGACUACCGACGACUACCUCAUCCGCCUCUUCGCCAUCGCUUUCACCAAGCGACGACCCAACCAGGUUAAGAAGACCACCUACGCUGCCUCUUCUCAGAUUCGGGCCAUCCGACGCAAGAUGACCGACAUCAUCCAGCGUGAGGCCUCAAGCUGCACCCUCACCCAGCUUACCUCCAAGCUCAUUCCCGAGGUCAUUGGCCGCGAGAUUGAGAAGUCCACCCAGGGCAUCUACCCUCUCCAGAACGUCCACAUCCGAAAGGUUAAGCUGCUCAAGGCCCCCAAGUUCGACCUUGGUGCCUUGAUGGCUCUGCACGGCGAGUCUGGCACUGAUGACCAGGGCCAGAAGGUUGAGCGGGAGUUCAAGGAGCGUGUCCUGGAGGAGGUUUAAAAGGAUUAUUUUGGCAGGUUGGCGCGGGGUAGGCAAUAGGGGCCUCGCGGCUAAUAAACUCAUCCCUACCAAAUUGUUUCGGUCAUCGCAAAUGGCGUAGCAUCACAAGAGGAGCUCCGGGGAUUGGGUUCAUGUUCCUUUGAAUGAAUGGUAAAAAAAAACGUUCGGUCAACACGGCGAAUGAUUUAUGACGUGUGACUUGCUUGUUACGACAUUGGAUGCUGUGGUGACUUGACGCUGGUCGUGAGGGACGUUUUGAGAUGAGAGCCGUAGAAGAAUUCAGAGCUGAUACCCUAUCUACCCAA